AAUAUUGAUCGCGGUUAACAUUCAAAUUACACUGAACUGUAAACAUACAUUAUGUUUCUAUUAAUCUUAAAUUUACUCAUUGUCGCAAUAAAUGGACAACACUGUGAUAGUCCACAAGUAAUAUCGACACCUUAUACUACUCAAGACGGAACAAUUUUAAAACACGUGGCUUACAUUUCUAAUUUCUUUGUAAAAUGUAAGGAUGGAGAACCUGGAAACUUGUACGCUCUAUUAGGCGAGGGUUUGUCACCGGUAGCCUCCGUUGGUCCCAACAAAUACCAAAUCAGUUGGACUGAAGAUGUGAAAACCGCCAAAACGGGCAAUAUUGCUAUAAAAAUUUAUAAUGAGACUGGAUAUAUUGCCCUAAAAAAGGCAGUGAGAGCUGGUGAAACGUUUGCUCAUGUUCCAGUGUUUACUACCAUAAACAUUAACCACACUGGUGUAUAUGGGGGACCUUGGAUAUCUUGUGAACUUUUAGCAGCAGUAUUCUCAAUCGUGGUGGCUUAUAUUGCUAUCCAUUUUAGAACAAAACUUUUAAAUUAAUUAUACAUAUGAGCGAUUUUAUAUGAAUUUUACAAUAAAAAUGUUAUCUUGAAA